UUGCGAAUUCGUCGCGCAGUCUUAGAAGCUACAUUGCGAUCACGAACCGAUUUUCAUACCGCAUUCACUGAAUUCGAAGAUUGGCUGGGUAGAAUUGCUGAAAGUUUGAGUGAACUCGAAACAUUGACAGCCAAUACGCAAUCGUUGAAGGAUACCACAAAACGACGAGAAUGGAUUCAGAAACAGAAGGAGCUGGAGGCUGAACUGGACGCGCAUGAACCCGUAUUAAGAUCUGUGGAAGAGAUGGGACGAAAGCUUGGAGCUGGAUUAGAUUCGGGAAAGGAGCGGUCGGAGAUUCAAAAUCGCUUAGAAAUAGUGUCACAGCGGUGGAUAGAUGUGAGGAGCAUCGAGAAUUCCGUGAGAAAGCGAUUAACAGAAGCCGAACAAGAAUGGGAAAAACUUACCAACACUCUUUCCUCCCUUAUCGGCUGGAUCGAGGACAAAAGCAAAGAGAUGCUUGCCCAACAACCAGUUGGAGGUAGUCUCUCGACAGUUAUGGCUCAAGGAGCUUGGAUGAAAAAUGUGGAAAAAGAAAUGGAAGUG